AUGUCGAAUUCCUUCGCGCCUUUAGAUCCGGUGUCGAAUGGGCCAAGCACCAAAAAGAGGGUCGCAUACUUUUACGAUUCAGAUGUCGGAAACUAUGCUUAUGUUGCGGGACAUCCUAUGAAGCCUCAUAGAAUACGUUUGGCGCAUAGUCUGAUUAUGAAUUAUGGAGUCUACCAGAAAAUGGAGAUUUAUCGAGCAAAACCAGCAACCCGGCACGAAAUGACCCAAUUCCAUACCGAUGAAUAUAUCGACUUUCUUCAGAGAGUUACUCCAGACAACAUGGAUUCUUUCGCUAAGGAACAAGGGAAAUAUAACGUCGGCGAUGAUUGCCCUGUCUUCGAUGGACUGUUCGAGUUCUGUGGAAUCAGCGCUGGUGGUAGUAUGGAGGGUGCAGCUCGUCUAAAUCGUUCAAAGUGCGACAUUGCUAUCAAUUGGGCCGGAGGGCUGCAUCACGCAAAGAAAAGUGAAGCAAGUGGCUUCUGCUAUGUCAAUGAUAUCGUUCUCGGCAUAAUCGAGCUCUUGCGCUUCAAGAAGCGAGUUCUCUAUAUUGAUAUCGAUGUUCAUCACGGUGACGGUGUCGAGGAAGCCUUCUAUACGACAGAUAGAGUGAUGACAGUUUCAUUCCACAAAUAUGGUGAAUAUUUCCCUGGGACUGGUGAACUACGAGAUAUUGGAGUUGGACAAGGCAAGAACUACGCAGUCAAUUUCCCACUUCGUGACGGCAUCGACGAUGUCACCUAUAAAUCCAUCUUUGAACCUGUAAUCCAGAGUGUUAUGGAUUACUAUCAACCAGAAGCGAUUGUUCUUCAGUGUGGCGGAGACAGUCUUUCAGGCGAUCGCUUGGGAUGUUUCAAUUUGAGCAUGAGAGGCCACGCGAAUUGUGUUCAAUUUGUCAAAAGUUUUAACAAGCCCACUUUGGUGCUGGGAGGAGGUGGAUAUACUAUGCGUAAUGUCGCGCGAACUUGGGCAUUUGAGACCGGUGUUCUAGUUGGCAAGGAAAUGGACCCUGUACUUCCUUACAACGAGUACUACGAGUACUACGGCCCUGAUUACGAACUUGAUGUACGAGCUUCUAACAUGGAGAACGCUAAUUCCAAAGAUUAUCUCGAAAAGAUCAAAAUCCAAGUCAUCGAGAAUCUGAAGAGAACUGCUCAUGCCCCAUCUGUACAAAUGCAAGAUGUACCUCGUACUACCUUGACUGGAGCAACAGACGAAGACGAUGAUAUUAUGGCUGAUGCCGAUGAAGACGAAAACAUGGAUGUUCGUCAUACCGAGCACCGAAACGAUAAGCAUGUGGCCCGGGAUGAUGAGUUCGAUGAAGGCGAUGAAGAAGAAGCGAAUCUUGCAAAUGGCGCAUUUGCUCAGAAUGGACAAGUAAAACAGCGCAACCACACUUACUCCGAUGUUGAUAUGGACAGUGGUGUUCCCACUCCCGAAAUUGAAGUCCACGACGAGAUUGAAGAUGCACCAACAGCUGUCACAGAAGCGAACGCAAAAGUUAAUGCAGAGCUCAUGGAGCAGAAAACUCAAGAUGCAGCAGCUACCGAAACCCUUGAAGCAGGCCCAUCGAAUGCCCCAUCUCGCUCAAACUCACCUAAGCCAAUUGUUGAUGACGAAGGUGAUAUUGAUAUGGCAGAACCACUCGAAGCCACGACCGUAGCAUCGGUUCAAGAAAAAGCCGAAAAAUCACCUAUGCCCCCAACAGCCUCAGCGAAAGACCCCCCCAAGACUAGUAUUGCCACGGAUAUAGAAGCUGCCGCUAGCAGCGAGCAAAUCGUGCCCGAAACAGCCAUUCCUGAAGCAGAUCCUGUUAUACUAAAGCAAGAAAGCGACACUGAACGACAAGAUGCCAAUGUGACAGCAGAAGCAAGUAAGGAGACUACCGAGCAGGCUAAGUCAUGA